ACUCUCCCUCAAUCCGAUUUCCUAGAGUUCGAAAUUCGAUACUAUGGCUCCAGUCGAGAAUUCCAGCAACUCGAGAAACAUCAUCGUCUCGGGCGGCGCUCGCGGCAUCGGUCGAGCUCUGGCUCGUUACUUCCUCGAAGCUGGCCACCGUGUCUACAUUUUCGACAUCCAGGAAGAAGAGCUAGAAUAUCUCAAGAAGGUACACCUUAAGAAAUACGAUGAUGACGGGAAGUUGGAGGUGGACACGUGCAAUCUCCGGGACGUAAAGGAGAUUCGAUCAAAGGUCCAAGCCGCGGCCAAGUUCUUCGGCGGCCGUAUCGACGUCCUGGUCAACAACGCAAGCAUUGCGUCGCCAUACUGGAAAGACGGGAAGACGAUGGAGGACCGGGAAACCUUGGAGCAAUGGCAGGCGUACAUCGAGACGAAUCUCACGAGCCCAUUCGCCAUGAGCCAGGCCUGUAUCCCGUACAUGAAAACCGAGCAGCGAGAUGCCGUGUCCGGAGCGCAGAAGAUCCACGGUGCCGGUCCAUGCAUUAUCCACAUUGGCUCCUUCCGAGCUCAUCAGAGCGAUCCGAAUCAGGAGGGGUAUGCCGCGAGCAAGGCAGGCCAGCUGGGCCUGAUGCACGCAAUGGCAAUCAGCCUAGGUCAUAUGGGCAUUCGCGUGAACCUCGUGGCUCCUGGAAGGAUCAAGGCUGCCCAUGAGAGCAAGGAGGGCGAUGAGAGGGGCGAGGAUUGGGAAGGCCAAAUUGCGGAGAAGGAUGUCGAAGAUCAUCCAACGAACCGCGCUGGAAGGCCAAAGGACAUUGCGGACGCUUGCAUGUACCUGAUGGACGCGGGUUUCGUAACAGGACAAGACAUCACGGUCGAUGGAGGAGCCUUGCGAAAGAAGUAA